AUGCCAUUUUUCAAGAAUCUCGUCCGAUUUACUCGCGACGUCACCCGGGACUUUUCCCGCACCGUCCACGAGACGUACGAGAGCCUGGCUUUCAACAUCUCACUGAGAUGUGAGGCCCGACUCCAGGCACAUCGUGAGGUGCUGUCCUAUGCCCGGGCUGGCCGUCCAUUGACGUUCCGUCAGAAGUUUGACAUGUUCAGCAAACAUCGCCAACAUGCCCGUCGAAUGCACACCCGACACUUCAGCUCAAACAAUUGUGCGCGUCACAUUAGCCGUGUAUUCGAGAACGGCUACAACUACCAGCGAGCACCGGGCUGCCGAAGGCGAAUCACCUACCCCCUGGCAGGCUACGCGAUUCGAAGAGCCUUUAGUUCGGCGUUCGAACGCAAAGAUACUACAUGCAACUUCGGCCGAAGAUUGUACGCUACAAUGGCCAUGCCCUGUAAGGGCAUCCAUAAGCUACAAAAGACGGCCUUUGGAGGAAAGAGCAUCGUGGAGGUCACCUCCCAGCUGAGAGUGCGGGAGCUAGAUCUGUGCUCCGCUGCCCAGGAGUACUUCCCCCGAUAUUUUCUUCCCGUCGAGGUUGAGUCUGUCACCGAGGAAGAGUCCCUCUUCCAGUCUUCUUCCUGGGUCGCCUGUCUGGAGCCUACUUCCACAGGCACAUUUGUGGACUUCAACUUUGCUCCCCAGCUCUCUCUGGAGGCGGAACAGCUGACCACAGAAUCCCUGGACCAACUGGAGCGAGACUUGCAGGCCUUUGUCCAGGAGACCAAGGUGCUUCUUAAAGACAUCAAGACAGUGUGCGCCUCUCUUGGAGAGCUGCCCGUAACUGUCAACAAAAACAACGUUCGUGUUCACUUUCCUAAUGCUGAUGCUGAAAAGGUCAACAUUAUGCUCAAGGACAUUGGCGUGACCCGAGGAGUCAUCACCGAGGAGGAGUCCAGUGACUCUUCUUCCGAGUCGCUCAUGUCUGCCAGCGUCGUGGAAACCAACUGGAACGAGUUUCUGGAGGGCUCUCGUCUGCAGCCUGCUGUGCAGGCUCGAACUGAGGCCAUUUCUGUUUCGGACCUGUGUUCGACACCUCCCUCGCUGUCCGAGUCCCCGUCCAGUGCUUCUUCUUACUCUCUGAGCAAUGAAAGCUCCCAGGAGAACACUCACAUGGACUCUUCUGUUGAGAUUGUCAGUAUUUAUUAA